AAAACCCCGGAAAAAAGUGAAUCAUUUACGGUGUUAUAUUGAUUAGUGGAAUAUAUUUUGGGAAUAAUUCGAUAUUCUAAAGUGUACCGUUUGUGGAUCAGUGAUUUGUAAUCGUUAAUAAUACGAAUAAUACGACUAAAUCUAAUAAAACUUGUGUGUGACCAUGACUUCAUCCAGCGGUUCAGUGGCGUCGGAUUUCUUCGGCCACGACCCUAAGACGUUGGCCAUGGAUGCUUGCUUCACUGCGUUCGAUAAGGAUGGCGAUGAUCGCCUGUCGCUGGCCGAGUUUACCCUGAUCUGCCGGGCGCUGUUUCGGAAUGACAAAGGCCACAUCUAUGUCGUUCCGUCCGACCGGCUGGAGGAGAUGUUUGCCGUAUUCGACAAGAAUGAGGACGGCUAUAUCGACCGGGAUGAAUUUCAGUUCUGCUGGAAUCAGUGGAUUAAAACGAUCGUACGGCCAAUCAGUGCAUUUCUGGUAGUGGAUGUGCAGAACGAUUUCAUCAGCGGUUCACUCAACAUCAGCAACUGCAGCGCUCAGCAGAACGGCUUGGAGGUAAUUGACCCGAUAAACAAGCUCCUGGAUACGGUGGACUUUGAUUCCGUGUUCUACUCGCUCGAUUGGCACCCGAGUGAUCACGUUUCGUUCAUCGACAACAUCAAACAGCGGCCCAUCCAUCCGACCAGUCCGCUGAAUGCCGACAAUGCGCAGGUGUACGAUACGGUCAUCUUUGCCGGUCCACCACCGAUGAAGCAGCGUCUGUGGCCACGCCAUUGCGUGCAGGAUUCCUGGGGUUCCGAACUGCACAAGGAUCUGAAGAUCGUCGAUCACGGCAUCAAGGUGUACAAGGGUACCAAUCCGGAAGUUGAUUCGUACUCAGUUUUUUGGGACAACAAAAAACUGUCCGACACGAGCCUGUGCAGUCAGCUGAGAAUGAAGAGCGCCACGGAUAUUUACGUGUGCGGGCUUGCGUACGAUGUGUGCGUUGGUGCAACCGCGAUUGACGCCCUGUCGGCUGGCUACAGAACGAUUUUGAUAGACGACUGCUGCCGAGGUGUCGACGUCAACGACAUCGAAAGCACGAAGGAGACAGUCAUAUCGAACAAUGGAGUUAUCAUCAAUACUCGAGAGGUUAAAGCGAUGGUGGAAGGUCGAGACCGUCGGCCGGAGCUGGGCUACAAGCUGGCCAUGGAGCUGAAAAACGCCGACUCGGAUUUGUCGAAAAAUAACCGUCGACAGCAGCAGCAGCAGCAGCCACAACCGGACAGGCCACAGUAAAAUU